AUGACACGUAUUACAAGUAUACUCCUACUCUCACUAUUGUUUGUUUCCUCUCAAGCCUACUUUUAAGAUAAAGAACAUAGAGAAGAGGCUAAGUCAUUCUUUUUGAAUUUUAUAAGUGAAUUCACAAAUCAAUAUACCGCUAUUUCAGCUGAGGGUUUGGAUUAUAUGGGAGCUAUGAAAUUGGCUUUGGAUUAUUGGAUUACAUAAAUAAGGAUUCACAAUUUUGCCUAAUUAAAAGUUGAUUAUGAUGUGAAUCAUGACAUUUUGGAAAUCUCAGCUCCCACUUUCAAUAUUGAUUUAGUAGUCGAGAAUAAAUACACUAUCCCAAUCAAAAUAGAAGAUUUGUUUGUCUCAAUCAUCUUCAACAUUGGCCCAACACACUUCAGAUGCUCAGAAGUGGAGAUUGAUUAUGGCUCUGUUUCUUUGGACGUGAAUGUCGUAAUAGAAUACAUAACCAAAUAAUUGUUAUCAUUGGACAUCAUCAAGUCUGCAAUUAAGAAAUCAGAGAUUCCAAUUAGAAAUGUUCUAGUGAAUGCUAUUAGAAGCAACCAUUAAAGAUUGAAUGGAUUGGUCAAUGAAUUGAGAACUGGCUCAUUGAACCCAGGAGUGUUGUUAGCCUAAUUACCUAAUGUCCCAUUCACCAGAGUGGAAAAUGGAGAAUACAUCAUCAAUAUCAGAUAAAUUUUCAGUUUUGAGUCUCAAAAGGAGAAGGAAAAGAAGGACGAGCUUUGAAUUAUAGAUAUAAAUAUGAAAUGUGUUUAAAUUGUUAUAAGGCUUUUGAUAAUUAAUUUAAAAAA